AUGCCGAUAUCAGAGAGUGAUGUUCCUGAAGACUUGAAAUCAGAUAAGCUGAUAACCGUAUUCUUGAAAAGAUCGGUCGAACUAGCCAACGUUGAGCCUGUCCUAAGUUAUUACUGCAAGAUUUUCGUACUCGAGUACGUGUUGGAGAACAAGCUACACGUUAAAGCAAAAGCCAACGAAGAAUUCACCAUCAAGCUAUUAGACGACACGGAGUCUAUUAAAAACAGCACAGAGGACGCAGAGUUGAAUGAGGUGUUGAAGAACAAGGAUUUGUCAUUCGGCUAUGUAUUCAAAUUCGUUUACAAUUUGUUCAACUCGUGUCUUGAGAGCUUGAUCGGCUAUGAACCAAGCCAGAAAGCACAAUUGGUGGGCAAAUUCAGGGCCACAUUGGACUUUUUCAAGUUGUUUGACGUUUUCAAAAGUUCAGGAGACAAUCUAAACUACGCAAAGUAUACCGGCGACAAGAUACAUUCUUGGGACGAGUUGGACAAGGGGAAUAAGGAAAAAGUAAAGAUUUUAAAGUAUCAGCUAACGAGAUUGAUCAAAAACGAAAUUCCAUUUGUUGCCAAAACCUCCACUAACGACAACGGCAACGACGACGACGCAGCGUUGGAGAAAGAAUUGGAUGACGAAAUAACAAAUAUCAAAGCUGAUGAGCUGCUCAAGGGUGAUGAUGACCUCGAGUUAAACGCUGAGGAUGAUGAUGGUGACGACCAUGUCUCAGCUCGCGUGGUUGACGAAGGAGAAAAGCUGGAGAAGGACGCAAAAUCCAGCGACCAAAAGGACGUUGAUCUUCAUCUUCCAGGAGCACCACACUUCUUGCCAUCUGAAGAGCCCGAUGACGGAGCCGUCAAGUUGCCCGGGACCCCCAAGUACUUACCCGAUGAAGACAUAUCUCAUAUCAACAAAUCUGGCCCGAUACAUUAUAUCCAACCUCAAAAUGAGGACACAACAAGCCGUCGUUCAGAAGAAAAACCACUGGUCAGUCGUAAUGUUCUGCUGCAUACCAAUACUACUAGCAAUACUCCACUUCCCCCUCAACAACAACAUCAACAUCAUCACCAGAAACCGCUCAGCAAAGAAAACAUUACACAAAUAUUGAAUAGAGACGAUGCCAUCACCCGAAUUCAGAAACACACAAAAUUUGCCAAUUCUGCUUUGCAAUUUGACGAUAUAAAUGAAGCGGAAAAGCAGUUGCGACAGGGAUUGGAGUUGAUACAACUCUUGAAGAAGCAAGACGAGAAUUGA